AUGGUGCCCUUGGUAGAUUGCGAGCCCGGAAUAGGCUACGUCUCCCUUGAGAGCGAAUCCGCCCUUGCCGAAAUCUCUUCCUGUUCCACAUUCAACGGCGACAUCACGGUUCGGUUCGAAGGCAGCGAAUGGAAUAGCUCGACUGUAUACCUUGGAGAUAUCGAGAAGAUUAAUGGAUCCCUCACUAUCUAUCCAAGCUACGACUACGACGAUGUAACAAUUGUGGCACCAAAAUUGCGAAACAUUACAGAUGAACUCUCGAUUUAUUACUACAACUCUACUUCCCAAAUAUCCUCGGUCAAUGUCACAUUUCCACGACUUGAAUACAUUGGAUAUAGUUAUAUUGCUCGCGUUGGAAGCGACGAUCUCAUUUUUGAACACUCAGACAACUGGGCUGUCGGCGGCACAUUCCAGGUCUGGGAUAGCAUGGUGUCAUAUCUCGAUGUACCGGGCAUCGUGAUUGCGACCCAGUUCAGCAUUGAUCAGAAUCCUGUUCUUUUCAGCCUGAAAGCAAACACGUUGGAGACGGUCGAGGGUUCUGGAUUUUACAUCAACGACAAUGCUAAACUCGAUCGCUUCGAGGCCAAAAACUUGACUAGUGUGAAUAGCACUGUCUUAGUCACAUACAAUCCGGAGCUGGAGCAGAUCGACUUUCCGAAACUCGAGUACGCUCGCAACUUGGAGUUCACAAACAACGGGGGGCAAGUACAAGUUUCGCUUCCAAAUUUUGCAGUGGCUGGAAGCGAAGCCAAUACCGAACACGUGCAAAGCAAGUUCAGUGACGUCGUCAAGCUGGACCUGAAAAGUCUCGUCAACGUCACCGGUGGCAUGACAUUUACCCGCAACACAUUCAGCGCAUUGGUCCUGCCGUCGUUGAAGAACAUGACAGGGGAGCUCACUGCUGAGGAUAACCAGGUCCUCGAUACCUUGGCCUUGCCGCAGAUCGACCAACUCGGAGGACUCAUGCUAAAUGAUAAUGAGCUGCUGUCCAACGUGACAGCGAACAGGCUCAGGAUCGUCAAAUCAAUCGACAUGGUUGGCAAUUUUACCAACGUGGAAUUCUUUGGAUUAGAAGAGGUCACAGGCGACUUCGUCUUACAAGGAGAUCCAUCUAUGGACUGCUCAUGGUUUGAUGAGCACCUGUUCCAAAAGAUUGUCAAGGGUUCGUACAGUUGCGAAGGAAACCACACGAAGCCGGCACAGGAAAGACAGCCCUCCACGGAGAGCCUGGAUAGUCAAGAGGAGAAAACCAGUGGUGACCAGGGUUCAGACUCGUCGGCAGACUCAUCUAAGGACACCAACACUUCUGGAGCUUCCACGGGUGGGUUAUCGACUGGAGCCAAAGCUGGAAUUGGCGCAGGUAGUGCUAUUGGAGGAAUUGCAGUGCUCGGAGCACUCCUCUAUGUGUUCUGGUGGAGGCGAAGGAAGGGAACGAGUUCAGUGGCGCAGCCAGAAAACAACACUGGCAAGCCUGAGCUGGAUGGGACGGUUUCGCCAGGAGCCAGGGAUGACAUGGUUAAAGCAGAGACGAAAGACGCUAUCUCACCAGUAACUGGGCUUCCCGAAGAAGAAAAGGCCGCGCCUGCUGAAUUAUCGAGCGGGGUAAUGGAGCUGGAUGGGAGGGAAGUAAAGGCGGAAAUGGAUGGAAAUGGGGUCAAGGAUACAAAGGAAGCUUGA